GGCCCUAUCUCCUGCACACCGUCCACUCGACACCAAAUAGCCUAGGCCACAUAAACAAAUCUAAUACAACUCAGUUGCAUUCACAAGAUGCCGCACAAGAUGCAAUACACCUGGGCCAAGCAAAACUGGACAUACUACUAUCAUAUAAAGUAAUCUGGCUGAUUAUCCGUAUUUACCCUGGCGACCGGCUUCCAACUCUCAUACCUCGCUAA